AUGUCACUUCACUCUGGGUUUAUGGAGGCAGCAAGGCUGUGCCUCAAGACUGGGACUAUCUCCACAGUGUGUGGGAGGCCCGUGGUGACUGGGAAGAUCUUUGGUGGCAAGAAUGCAUCUGACCAGCGGUGGCCAUGGCAGGCCAGCCUGCUCUACCAUGGCAAGCACAUCUGUGGAGCAGCCCUCAUCAGUGCCUUCUGGGUGAUCUCAGCUGCCCACUGUUUCCAAAAGUCCCAUGAGCCAUCAGACUACAAGAUCCUGCUAGGGUACCAUAAGCUACAGCAUCCCACCGAGCACAGCCUGCAGAUGACGGUAUAUCGAGUCAUCGUCCACGAUGAUUUUAAUAAGCGCUACAUCAUGGGGAGUGACAUCGCAUUAUUACUGCAGUUGCUGGUCUGGGCUGCCCCUGAGAACAUGUGA